AUGGACAACGAAUUUGGAGGCCGUGGGACAGGUACGUAUAUAUGCUGAACUGAGUUUCAUUCUUAGAAUAAUUUUUGGUUUAAAUUUGGUUUCAUUCUGAAGUAACACUGGACCAAUAAGACGAGGCCCUUAGUGGACCUCUUGCGUGAACUACAGUUCAGAACUAACAGAGCUAUUUAGUACAACUAAAGUCAGUUUAGUUUUCUAUUAUUUUCUAACAAUUUUUAAGGCUCAUUUCCACUCAAGAAAAUUUUCCACGGACAGAAAAUUUUCCGAAAAUAUCAUUGUUAAAAUACUUUUCUGUCUGUGGCGUUAUGUACUCGGUUCCAAAAUAUCACCGACUUGACCUCGUAGCUCAUUUGGUAGAGCAUUGGACUAGUAUCCCAAAGGUCGUGGGUUCGAUUCCCACCGUGAUCAGGCAAACUUUUCAGCUUGCCCGGUGUGGAUGCACACUCAGAGUAACACCACAAACAUCAUUGUUAAAAGUUAAAAAUUUUCAACUUCAACAUUUAUUCCCGACGAAAAUUUGUGUAGGCCAAUGACAUUUUACCAAAAAUUUUUUCUGCGGAAAAUUUUCCUAAGUGGCAAUGGGCCAGUUCCAACCAUCUUGUCUUCUUUAUUUCAGCAUACUGCGACGUAACGCCAUAUCUGAGUUGUUAUGCAGCAGCAUGGAAAGAAUGCCAGAGAUACGGAGAGAAAUGGUCUAAGAAAUGGGCUCAUGAACCAAUGCUCAUUAAGAUUGCUGCGGAAAUUCCCACGAUACUUGCCCAACAUGGUUCACCUGUGUCUAAAGAAGGUUACACCACGUGGGAAAAGUUUCUAGAAGUCUUUCUACAACGAGGUAUGAAUAAAAGCCUUCCGUUUGGUCAUGCCGAUUGCGGCUAUAUUAAAGUGGUCUGUGUAUUAAUACAGUGUAAAUACAUUUUUAACUCAGUUCAACCGAGUGAAAUGCCCAAAAUAAUCCCGAUAUUGACCCAUAACCUAUACAUGGCAGUACCCUAGUAUAUACAUGAACUUGAGGUCAGAGCUCGACAACUGGCCUCUGUAGUUCAGUUGGUUAGAGCACUGCACGGGAAUUGCAGGGCCGCAGGUUCUAUUCCUGCCAGAGGGCCUAUUUAGGCUUAAAUAAAUGUAUAAAUUUACACACCUAUACAGGUUUGCACCAUGUCGCCUAUACUUGGUUUAGAGUCAAAGCUCAGAAACUCUCAGCCAAGAAGAACAAUGUAGUUACAGUUUGUGGCCUUGGGAAAUAUCUUGGGUCGUCUCGGUACAGUUUUACAGUAGCUUAUUUAUUGUCAUAUUACCAUUAUAACCUGUGUUUUAUUGGUCUCACUACAGGCGGUAUUAUCGAGGCGUGUCCACCCAGUGACAGUGUGAUAGCCAUUACAGUAGAUAUGUUGAUUGAACCUGAUGGAAAUUUGUCUGUUUUAAGUACAAGUGAUCAGGUUUGUCUUCUUGUUUAUAAUCUGCAUGAAUAUUAGUUUUGCUAUAUAUUCUCGCUUCUCUUCACGUCUUCAUUUCUACGUUUUUCUCGUAGUGAUGCAUUUGUUAUCAUACAGUACGUAGAAUGUUGUAGCACUGUGAUUGAUGUUAUUUUUUUCACCGGUGUUCAGCUGCUGCAGUAUCCAGUUUAAUUUGUGAUUAUAUUUUUACCUCAGUCACAUGUGAGAACGGUGCCUACAGUUUGCCUUUCCAGGGAUUCCAGUUUCUUCCUUUAGUAACACUGUACCAGUAAGAUAAAACCCUUCGUGUGCCUUUUGGUAGAACAGUUCACAAAUGAUAGAGCUAUUCAGUAAAAAUAGUUAGUUUAGUUUAGGUUUCCUCCUUUAGCAAUACUGGAUCAAUGGAGAACAGUUUCGAAUUGAUAGAGCUAUAUCUAGCAUAAAUAAAGUUAGUUUAGUUUAGUUUAGGUUUCCUCCUAUAGUAACACUGGAUCAAUAACACAUGACAGACUUUACUAUCCCCCUUAUUCAUAUUUUCUUCUCCAGAUCCAUGCUACAUCCGCGUACCAGUGUUGGGGUAACUCAGUACCACAGGCGUCAGUAGAUCCCAGUCUUCUUGUGGAGAAAGCGAUCGCCAUAGCCAUUGCAUGUCGACAACGCGAUAUCAUUGGUUAUAUCUCCAUAGAUUUUGUUACUUUUAUCGAUCCGGAAACG